AAUCUCAUCUCCUGAAACUGACUUCUCUCAGCUCUCGCACAGACCUCCCACUAAUGGUCUCACUCUUCUCUGCUUCCUAGGGUCGCUCCAUUUCUCGCAGCCAUGUCAUCAUCCCGUUUUGCUCCUAUUUCCGCUUUCUAUUUCCCCAGAUUUCCCUCCCUCUCUUCCAGAAGACCCGUCCUCAUCGGCGCUAACCACACCUCCGCUCGCUUCUCCUCCCGAUAAUUCUCUUCCUGGAAAACCAUACCUUUCAUUCUUUUUCUCCUUGAGUUCUUCACCAAAGAAGAAAAACUCCGGCUUUCAUUCAUUUGUUUAUUUUUUUGUGCAUUCUUGCGUGAAAUCAAAUUUUUCUUCCGGAAAGGUGUUAAAUCUGCUGCAAUGGAGACUGCCGCUGCGAAGCCCGGCUUUCUCAGGAAUAUUCUCAUACGGUUGCUUCUGUUUGGGGUUUUCAUUAUUGUCGUUCGGUUUGCUUAUGUCAUCACCAUCGCCGGCGAGUCUUGCAACGUCGGCGACUUCUGCUUCUUCUCCCUUCCGGAGUCUCUCAACUUUGUCGUCGCCGGCUCCGGCGCCGGGGUUUUGGCUGUCGAGUCCAAUGAGGCCAUCGUUAGCCGAUCUGCGGCGCGACCGGAGGUUUACUCGAGUAAAGAGUGGAAUGAGGCCGUUAGUUUCUACUCAUCCGUGUUUAAGGAUCACGUAUCUUAUGGCUAUCUCUCGCCGGAGUCGAAAUCUCUCUGCGUUGAGACGCCGACCGGUCGCGACGUGUUCGCAUUGAAGGAGAUCGGCGUCUCGGACGCGAUUGGGAUUGCAAAGAAAGCUUCGAAGCCACUGGUGAAAGCAGGACAGGCUCACCGUAUGCCCUUCCGCGACAACACAUUCGACUUCAUCUUUUCCGGCGAGGGCGGGCUCGAGAAAUCGACGCGACCUUCAGAUUUCGCCUCUGAGAUUGCUCGGACUCUAAAACCCGAAGGGUUUGUGGUGUUCCAUGUAAAGGCUAAAGAUACGUAUAGUUUCAAUUCAUUCCUUGAUUUGUUUACUAAUUUCAAAGUAGUUAAAACGCAUGAUAUAGAUGGAUUUGAUUCUUCAAUGCCUCACAUACGCGAAAUUGUUUUGAGGAAAGAGUUUGAUGGUAUUGUUCAUGAGUUUGAGAAAUUCGAUGAUGAUUCUAGUGGGAAAUGCUCUACUCAUGGGCACAGACAAGAAUUGGUCAGAAAUGCAGAGCCUUUGAUCACUGAGGAGCCACUGAAACCGUGGAUUACUUUGAAGAGGAACAUAAAGAACAUAAAGUACCUUCCAUCAAUGGUUGAUAUAAGCUUCAAGAAGAGGUAUGUUUAUGUCGAUGUUGGGGCUAGAAGUUAUGGCUCUAGUAUAGGAAGUUGGUUCAGGAAGCAGUAUCCAAAACAGAACAAGACCUUUCAUGUGUAUGCAAUUGAGGCUGAUAAAACUUUUCAUCAAGAGUAUCGCUUGAAGAAGGGAAUCACUCUGCUUCCUUAUGCUGCUUGGGUAAAGAAUGAGACUCUAACCUUUGAGAUUCAUCGGGAUCCUGGUGAGCAUGUUGAAGUCAAGGGCAGAGGCAUGGGUAGGAUUCAACCGUUGCAGUCAUCAUCAUCUGCUGAUUUUGAUGGUGAAGUUGAGAAGAUCCAAGGGUUUGAUUUUGCAAACUGGUUGAAGAACACAGUCUCAAAGAAUGAUUUUGUUGUCAUGAAGAUGGACGUGGAAGGUACAGAGUUCGAUCUGAUUCCAAGAUUAUUCGAAACAGGAGCUAUUUGUUUGGUGGACGAGAUUUUUCUUGAAUGCCACUAUAAUAGAUGGCAAAGAUGUUGCCCUGGGCAGAGGAGUCCAAAGUAUGAGAAAACAUAUGAUCAAUGCAUGGAGCUCUUCACUUCUCUGAGGCAAAGCGGAGUUCUUGUUCAUCAAUGGUGGUAACCUUCUGAUAGAUGAUAACAUCUUCUGUAGCAUUCUUGUUUUUCUUUUGCUUCUUCCAUGUUUCACCAAUAGACAAGAUUCGUUUGCGUCUCAAAUUUCUUCCCUUGUAACAUGUGCAACUGAAAAUCAAAUCAUCUGCUCACGUCAAUUAUAUUUGUUUCAUACACCUCCUAUUUAUUCGAAAAAUCGUAGUCUUGUAUCUGAAUUGAUAAUGCGGUCUUUUUAAUCUUUC